UGGUCAUCUAUUGCAUCCUCACGAGCCCUCUGCUCCUGUUGGCCAUCGCGGCCAUCGCUGGACUCAGUUAUAUACUGAUGCUUAAGAACGCCGAAAGUCCGCUCAAACUCUUCGGCAAGAAGUUCUCGUUAGGCCAACAGUACCUCCUUUUGAUGAUCAUAUCGUUUCCAUUGUUUUAUUUGGCCGGCGCUGGACAGGCAGUCUUCUGGGUGAUCGGCGCCUCCUUCUUCGUGAUCGGACUUCACGCCAGUAUUUAUGCCAUUGAAAUGCAGGACACCAUUGAACCCGAGUUUGUCUUAUUUGAUAGUAAUCUUCAGACCGUGUGAUUGGUUCCCAAUGUCUAAGUCGUGUAUAUUUUGUCAAUUUUAA